GAGCAUUGCAAUUCCACCCACGUCCAUCUCAGCGAGUGGAAUUGGACCAAUUUCUGUUGAUCACAGGUUAUGCCUCCAAUCCUUAAUACCCAGAGGCUCAACCUCGUCUUCCAAGCCCGUCCUGACAUCCUCUCGGGCAUUCAGAAAGCUGCAGAUUCCCCGGCGAGAAUAAACCUGUUCAACGACAUCGCAAGCUUCGUGUACGACCAACUGUCCACUCCCUCCACCGACGAGCCCCUCGCGAAGCGACGCAAAGUCGAUCCCAGCGAGGAGAAUGGCCUCUCGACACCACGGUCCCUGAAUGGAGCCCCAGCCGCUGCGGGAUCCUCGGAGCGCUCAGCAGCCACGGAACCUGUCCUUCUAGAAAUAAAAGACAUUUCGGUAACAGUGCCUCAGCGCAAGAAAUACAACCUGUGCUUCACCGAGAAUUUUCUCUACGCGAGGACCAGCGCGUCUGCAGUUCCUGUGCAAGGCACUGUGUACGCCUGGAGAGACAUUGAGCAUGCCUUCUAUCUCCCGAUUCCGGAGAAGUCCCAGAUCCAGCACAACUACCUGCUGUUCCCCCGCGGAUCUUCCCUCCCCUCGAAGACGACAAACACCAUCGACACCGAGCCACUCGUAUUUUCCGUCCCCUCCUCCGCCCCCAAGCCGGGAAGCAUAUCCGGCCCGUCGGCAAAUGCCGCGAGUGCCGUCUCGGAUAGCCACAGCAGCCUGUUCCACUGGGCCCUGACGACAUGCCUGCGGUCGGCGGGCAACAGGGAUUGCCAGCUGGUGGCCUCCGACCCCAAGAUUUUCCACAGCGCCACCAAGCCGGCGUAUCGGCCAAACGAGAAGGCCGUGUACGUCAAGGCCUUCCGCGGCAGCAAGGACGGCUACCUGUUCUUCUUGCCGACCGGCAUCCUCUGGGGCUUCAAGAAGCCCCUGCUAUUCCUGCCGCUGGACAGGAUCGUCGCCGUGAGCUACACCAGCGUGUUGCAGCGGACGUUCAACAUGGUGGUCGAGGUGGAGGCCGCCGACGGAGGUGAUAACGAGGAGGUCGAGUUCGCCAUGGUCGACCAGGAGGAUUACCAAAACAUUGACGAGACGUACGUGAAGCGACACGGGCUGCAGGACCGGAGCAUGGCGGAGCAGAGGAAAGCGAGGCGCGAGUUGGCGGAGAACGCGAAAGACGGGAAGAAGAAGGACGAUGGCGCCGCGGAUGGGGCGGCGAACGGGGACGUUGCAGAGGGCGAUGACGGGUUGACGGAGCUGGAGAGGGCAAGGUUGGAGGCCGAGCGGCAGCUGCAGGAUGAUGAGGACGAGAGCGAGGAAGACUAUGACCCCGGCAGCGAGGGCGAGAGCGAGGGCUCGGGUGAUUCAAGCGAUGAGGACGACAACGACGGAGGCGAUGGUGAAGGAUACGAUGAUGAGGAGGAGGAGGAGGAGGACGACGACGACGACGAAGAAGCUGAGGCCUUCGACGUUGCCGGCUGAACGAGCGAGGCUGGCGAAGAUGGAUGCAUGGCUAUUCCGCCUCCGGCUGGGUCUGUGGCAGGUCCGCAGGGAGGGGGAUGUUACUUUUUAUGGGGAACGGUAGACGCCACUUGUUUGCUGGGUCGAGUUUCCUUUCAACUUUUUUUUUUUUUUUUUUUUGGGGG